AUGCCAACGCUGCAGAGGCCUUCUUCGACCAGCGGCGACCAAAUCAGGGUGAUGGACGGCUGGGUGGUGGCGAAGUGGCAGUGGGUCGGGGGAACGAGACAGCAGGGGGGCAGAGAAGAGAAAAGAAAGGGAAUGGAUGAAGGGAAAGGGAGAAAGGGAAAUAAGGACGCAGAAGGCAGCGCCAGACCGAAUCGAUCCGCGCUAGACCACACGCGGACGGCGCUUCGCAACCAUUACUGA